UUAGCUGAUGAUGGCGGAGCUGGGAGAGGCGGAUGAAGCAGAGCUGCAGCACUUGGUGGCGGCAGAACAGCACAAGGCACAAUUCACUGCACAGGUGCAUCAUUGCAUGGAGCUAUGUUGGGAUAAAUGUGUAGAAAAGCCAGGGAAUCGCCUAGACUCCCGCACUGAAAAUUGUCUCUCUAGCUGUGUAGACUAUUUCAUUGACACCGCUCUUGCCAUCACCAGUCGGUUUGCCCAAAUUGUACAGAAAGGAGGACAGUAGGCCAUCCCCUGGGGGAAUGACAAAAGAAGCA